AAUUUUGUUUGUGGUACUUAUUAAUGAGUUGUGUCACUUCAUCCUAGACAGUUGUUACCAAGGAACAACGCGAAUAUUAACUGCAUUUAUUAUCAAUCGUUAAAAUUCUUGGUUUUUUGCGUUUCAUUUUUGAAAAAACUUCAAGAUGUCGAUAGUGAAAGUGUACGUCGUUGGUGUCGGCAUGACAAAAUUCGAAAAACCAGGCACGCGGGAUGAUUUUGAUUAUCCAGAUAUGGCGAAGGAAGCAGUGACAAAAGCGCUAAAAGAUGCACGAAUUUCCUAUGACUGUGUAAAAGCUGCUUGUGUUGGAUAUGUUUAUGGAGACUCCACCUGUGGUCAAAGGGCAUUAUAUCAAGUUGGCCUUACUGGUUGCCCAGUAUAUAAUGUAAAUAACAAUUGUUCAACUGGCUCAACUGCUUUAAUAAUGGCUAAACAAAUUAUUCAAACUGGUGCUGCUGAUUGUACAUUGGCUCUUGGUUUUGAGAAAAUGGAAAGAGGUUCUUUAACAUCUAAAUUCUUAGACCGUACUCAUCCAAUGGACAAACAUGUAGAACUUAUGUGUGAUAUUGCUGGCAUGAAUGAAAGUCCAAUGACUGCUCAAAUGUUUGGAAAUGCUGGUCUUGAACACAUGAAGAAGUAUGGCACAAAGCCUGAACACUUUGCUAAGAUUGCUUAUAAGAAUCACUUACAUUCUAUAAAUAAUCCAUAUUCUCAAUUCCAAGAGAAAUACACUUUGGAGCAGAUAAUGAAAUCUCCUACAGUAUUUGGACCACUUACCAAGCUUCAGUGUUGUCCAACAUCAGAUGGUUCAGCUGCUGUGAUUUUAGCUAAUGAAGACUUUGUUCGUAAACAUAAACUUGAAUCUCAAGCUGUAGAAAUUGUAGCAAUGGAAAUGACUACAGACUCACCUUCAACAUUCUCAGAGAAGAGUUUUAUUAAACUUAUUGGUUAUGACAUGACAAAGAAUGCUGCUGAAAGGGUGUAUGCUCAGACCCCUUACAAGCCAAAGGAUGUGGAUGUUGUAGAAUUACAUGAUUGCUUCUCAACUAAUGAACUUAUUACUUAUGAAGCAUUGGGUCUGUGCCCACCUGGCCAAGGUGGAAAGUUAGUUGAUGCAGGAGACAAUACAUAUGGAGGAAAAUAUGUGAUAAAUCCCAGUGGUGGUUUAAUCUCAAAGGGACAUCCUUUGGGAGCAACAGGAUUAGCGCAAUGCGCAGAAUUAUGCUGGCAACUUCGAGGAUUGGCCGGUAAAAGACAAGUAUCGAACGCAAAACUAGCGUUGCAACAUAACAUAGGCUUGGGUGGAGCAGUUGUGGUUGCUCUAUACCGUUUGGGUUUCCCGCAACAAUCAUCGAAUAUAGUUAAGAGGAACGUGAGUGGAACCACUAACCCGGAUUUGUUCAAGGCAAACGCGUUGUUUAAACUGUUGGAAAUAGCGAUGAAAGAGGACGAAGACAAUCUGAUCGAGAAAGUUCGUGGAAUAUACGGAUUCAAAGUAACUAAUGGGCCAGGUGGUGCAGAAGGCUAUUGGGUUGUGAAUGCUAAAACGGGGAAAGGAAAAGUGGAGUAUUACGGGAAAAUGAAACCUGAUGUUAUUAUUACGAUUAACGAUGCGGAUAUCGUUGAUUUCAUCUCCGGAAAAUUGAACCCACAGAAGGCAUUUUUCCAAGGGAAAAUUAAGAUCCAAGGUAACAUGGGAAGUGCGAUGAAACUGAUAGAUUUGCAAAAGCGUGCUGGCAAGAAGAUCGAACUUCUUCGUGCUAAGCUUUAAAUCUUGAAUAUCUAAAAAAUCUUUAGUUCAAGGGGGAAACUUCGAUUGGAUAUCGAACAUUUGAAAGAAUUGUAUGUUAUAUAAUAAUGCAGUUAAAACAUUAUCAUAGUCCACAUUGGAAUUCCAUCUAAAUCUGCACACUCAUUUCAAUCUACCUAA